UGGGCGGUAUUCAGUUUGAGAAGGGCGCAGGCGCAGAAACGACUGGGGUAAGCGUGGAGUUGAGAGAGGCCUGGUCCCGGCGAGAAGGCUGGAGGCCUCAGGCUGGUGAGGGCGACUGAAGUCUCAGUGACCCUUCAUCAUGUCCGUGUUUCACGAUGAGGUGGAAAUCGAGGAUUUCGAGUACGAUGAAGAGACGGAGAGUUAUUAUUAUCCGUGUCCGUGUGGCGACAAAUUCGUCAUUAGCAAGGAAGACCUGGAAAAUGGUGAAGAAGUUGCAACUUGCCCAAGUUGUUCUUUGAUAAUCAAAGUAAUUUAUGAUAAAGAUCAGUUCAUGUCUGGAGAAAUAGUGGAAAUGGUGACUACGGAUAAAUUAGAAAAAAUGAAAUGCUGAUUGCUGUGACGCACUCUUCUGAUGAAUACAUGAGGCAUCUUCUACUAAGGACAAACAUCUAAUGAAUCAACAUGUACGUGGAAGUGAAAUGCAGUUACUACAACUGUGUUUGGAGUUGUAGUUUACCUAAUGUGAGCUACUCUCCCCAAAUACUGAUUCAUUCAGUUAAAUAUGCAAAAAGAAGGCCAAAACCAAUAAAAUAAAAUAAACAAACCAUCACUUAUUCAGAAGUUCAAAAAAAACUACAGAUAUUUGGAAACCAGAGUGUAGCAGAACUACUCAACAGGUCAGGAGAUGUGUGGAGACUGAGUUAAUGUUUCAGUUCUGGUACAAGGUAAUCUCAAACCAAAAUAUAAACACUUUUUCUUCAAAGAUAUUUCCUAACCUGCUGUGUGUUUGCAGCUUUAUUUUUCUUGUUUUCGUUAACUCAUUUGUUGUAUGGUUCCAAGAAGUUGUUUUGGGCAUUCACCCAACACUCCUGUUAUGCUGGUAAAGAAUGAGAAAAUUUGGGAUUCUCUCAGAAAAUCAGAGAUGGUAGAUAUCAUUUUCCUUUUUCUGGUCGUCAUUGUUUGGGUUUGAAAUGCUCUUGCUGAGCAAACUUUCCAUGGCUAUUUGUUUACAAUUGGAAAUUAGAAUGUAGUUAACUUCCUUGUACUAAGGUUUCUGAUCCUCUGAUCAGGUUGGGAGAAUUGAUUUUGACUUAUAGUUUUGAGAGUCUUGAUGUGGAUUUGUGCAAUGUAUUUUGUUCAGUGUUCUAAAAGUGCAAAAUAUGCAACAUUGAGGGAGAACAUAAUUUAUUGAAUGAUCCUGUAAUAAUUACAGGCUUAUAAUUGUUGAGUAACGUUUGAUAUAUGCAAACUGCCUUCCACAAAAAUAAUAGAAUCCUAAAUUGACAAUGCCGAAAGUUCAAGUAGUUCUUUAGCAUGGUUAGAAUUCAAUACAACCUGUAUUCACUGAUGCUUCAUUUGUUUUCUGGGUUCCUGACCUCCUGGAGUCCACAGUAAAUUAUAAAGACUUUUUGGAAGUCGAUUCUUUGCACACUUUGAGGUAGCUUACUGGUCUGACAGACUGUAUACAGGGGACUACUGCAAAUAGAUUUUAAACGGGAGCUAUCUUUACAGUUUUUCUAAUUUAAUCAUUUUGGUAAAUGAAAUUUACAUGUUAUCUAAUUGGGAAUUGUUAAAGUACAUAAAAUAGACAUUGAAACUUUUUAUCUUGUGUUCUUCAGGAGCACAAUAAUACCAAAUUUCAAAAGGAAUGGUCAAUCAUUGAAAAUCAAUCAGCAUCUUAUACUCAUGUAAGCUGGUGCUCCCUUUGAAAUUGGUAUUGUUGUAUCGGUACUGGUGCAAGCUGAAAAGCUUUGACAAAAUGUCUUUUUUCUUUUAGCAAUAUUCAGGUUAAAUUGCUGAGGUGAAAAAAAGGACAGACGGUUUUGAAUCACUGACUUUUCAGUUUUUGUUCAUGCUUGUAAUUUUUCUUAACUUUUUGGUUUGUAAUACAAUAUUUUAUUAAAACAGUUCUGCUCUUA